AUGGCAAAGAAGGCGACUGUAAGUGGCGUUAGAAGCGAGAGGAAGGGGAGCGGCUCCAUUUGUGGACACAGGAUGCCGGCACCGUUGACCUAUGUUGCUGCCGCCAUCGCCCUUCUGUCCUUGACGUCGAAUAUCGUCAUCUUCUACAAGUUUCAGAGAGAGGGAGCCAUGACACUCGGUCACGGCGUUAGCGGUAGCAACAGCCACCUUCUCAGCGAGGUAGAGGGGAAGACUCCGAGCACGGACACUGACUCUGUUGUGAUAAACCUCGAUCAGUGAGUCCCAAGAAAGAACCCCCGUUUUCUUCCAUCAUAUACUGCCGUCGUUGACUCUGUAUAGGAGAUGUUCCUCCGUAACGCCGUUGACUUCCCACCGUCUUAUUGGCUAUUCUCGUCUUCCGUCGGCUACUUGGUCUUUGCCGAUUAGUUUUAUUUUCCGGUGAACUGAGAGAUCGGAACUCUUUCUUUUUAUCCUACAGUGGCGAUCCCACGAUGUUCGAACCGUUCUGGAGGGCGACGGGAGAGAGAGGUAUCGUAGUUGUCCCGGGGUGGCAGACCAUGAGCUACUUCUCUAGGGCAGAUGGUCUCUGCUGGUUCAUGGAGCCGAAGCUUGCCGGAGAGAUCAUCCGUCUUCACCGUCUGGUCGGCAACGCGAGAACGGAAGGCAGGCACAUCGUCGUGGGCACCGGCUCCACCCAGCUCUUCCAGGCCGCCCUCUACGCGCUGUCUUCUCCCGACGCCUUGGAACCUGUCAGCGUCGUGUCUGCAGCCCCGUUCUACUCGGUGAGAGGAGCCCUGAAAAAUUGGUAUCACCUUUAGCUUGUUUCCAUAUCCUCAGAAACGUAUGAUUCCAAUUAUUUUGAUGGAAAAUUGUUGACUCGGCUUCUUCAUUCAGAGUAAAGAUACACAACAUUAUUCCCCAUCCGUCCGAGUCAAAGAAGAUUAGCACAUGCAAAAAUUUGUUUUCAACUAAUAAUUUUGAUAAUUACGUGUUUUUCUCGACAAAAUUCCAGGCCAUAGUUCUGUUAUCUUAACUUCGUAGGUUAAAAGUAUGAUCUUAUGGUAAUCAUUAUUAACUGAUUUUUGUUAAUAUGUUUGACGCUGUAAAAACUUCAAUUUUCUCUAUAAACAAAUUUCGGGAAUUUUUUUUAAAAAUGAAAGUGGAGGCUUACGUAGGGUAGGUACGAAGCAAAAGUCAACAGGGAAGAUUUCAGCUUUCAUACAGAAGAUUAGCAGAUGUCACGUUUCUCAACGAUUCCUUCUUUUCAGGAGAGCACAGUAGGGAUUGAGGCGGAAACGUACGAACUGACCUCUGUUUCUCAGUCUUAUCCCGCAGUGACGGACUUUCUGCGAUCAGGGCUCUACCGAUGGGCUGGAGACGCGAGAUCCUUCAACGGCGAUGGCCCAUACAUUGAACUCGUCUGCUCCCCCAAUAAUCCCGACGGGUUCGUGAUGGAAGCUGUUGUGAACAAAGAGGAGGGCAAGACCAUUCACGACCUGGCAUACUACUGGCCGCAGUACGCCCCCAUCACCGGCGCCUCCUCUCAUGACAUCAUGCUCUUCACCUUCUCCAAGAUCACGGGCCACGCCGGAACCCGUAUCGGGUGAGUCCCUCCGUCAAGUUGAAUUCUCCUCCUUUCUGUCCCUGCAGCUCGAGACGCGUGUUUUCCUACCAUUCUUCCCGAGAUGAUCUUCUCUACAGGUGGGCGUUGGUGAAGGACAGAGACGUUGCGGAGAAGAUGACCAAGUUCAUAGAGCUGAACACCAUCGGGGUGUCCAAGGACUCCCAGCUCCGAGCCGCCCGAAUUCUAGGAGCAGUAUCCGACGGGUACGAACUGGACGGACACCGCCGCCAUGGGAGGAUCUUCGUUUUCGGUCGGCGGUUGAUGGCGGAGAGAUGGGACCGCCUCCGUGAGGCAGUUCGGAUCACCGGCAGCUUCAGUGUGCCCGAGUACCCUUCGGCGGACUGCAACUUUACCGGGGAGAGCACCCCGUUGCUUCCUGGUAAUAGAAUCUAAGCAACACAUUAAAAGUUUCUCCCUUUUUAUGUGAAAUCAUGAAGUCUUUAAUACUCCGGCUAUUCCUUUAUGCUUUCUACUGCAGCCUUCGCCUGGUUGAGAUGUGAAAAGGAAGGUGUGGAUGACUGCCGGGGGUUCCUCAGAAGCCGCGGUAUACUGACGAGGAGUGGGAAGCUUUUCGGGUCGGGGCCGGACUACGUCAGGGUGAGCAUGCUGGACAGAGACGACAAGUUCAACCUCUUCAUACAGCGGCUCCUCUCGGCUGCCUGA